AUGCCGACUACACAUCACAACUUUGUGUCCUCAAAGCUCUACUACAUAUUUUGUUCCGUCUUGCCAAUGUCAGAUGUGCAUUGGUCACUGCGAACUUGGCAGAAUCAUUUGAAGGAGGCUGGUGAAGAUGAGAAGGCAGCUAUACAAAUGAAGAUCCUCAAGACACUACUCCUCGAGGCGACACUCCUCCUCGAGAUCCCACUCCUCAACAUGUCACUCCUCCUCAAGAUUUCACCCCUCCUCGACAUGCCACUCCACCUCGAGAUCCCACCCCUCCUUGACAUGCCACUCCACCUCAAGAUCCCACCCCUCCUCAACAUGUCACUCUGCCUCGAGAUCCCACCCCUCCUCAACAUGCCACUCCACCUCCUGACAAUCCAAAUCAGCCCCCCCAGCAAUUUGAAGAAUGGCAAGAUCCUUUUGCCAACCUUGAUUUGGAGGAACUUGCUCAUAAUGCUCACCUCCCUGAUCUAUGUCGUGACAUGGAAUGACAGGAUUGGACUCACAGGAGAUGCACUUGAACAUUUGCAAAACCCACCAAGAUGUCAACCAGAGUUUGGUAGUGCAGAUGUCAAGUAUGGUGUCACCCUUUUUCUUGCCCUCGAGCACUCAUCAGAAGAUGCUUUUCAUAAGACUUGUGCUGCUACUCUUGCGCAACAUCCAGAGGAUGAGAUACCAAGUCUCCACCAGGUGAAAAAUAUCAUUACUGACCUCUCAGGAGUAACAUCUAUUGUCAAGGAUAUGUGCAUUGACUCCUGUGUAGCCUUCGUUGGUCCCUACACCGAACUUGAUGAAUGUCCAAUGUGUCAGAAGCCACGAUAUGACCCCAUUAAGCUUUGGCAGAGUGGAGGCCAAGUCAAACAUCUUCAACAAGUAUUCCAUACCUUCCCCAUUGGCCCGCAACUUCAGGCUCUCUGGCAGCACCCUGAUAGUGCUCAUCAGAUGCACUACCGAUGGCAUCAUACGCAGGAGAUAAUUGAGCAGUUGGAAUGUAAUGAUGGUCUUCCUACAGCCUAUGACGACAUCAUCACUGGUUCAUCGUACCUUGACACCGUUCGUUAA